AUGAGGAACUUCACUUUGGUGACAGUUCUGCUCCUCCUCAGCCUCAGUUGGAUCUCCGUCUCAGUGUCUGAAUCUGUGGAGGUUCAGCCCGGUGAGAGCGUCACAUUUAAGUGCUCCAACUAUUCCAAUAGCCCCACACAGAUAUUGUGGUUCAGAGCAGUCAAGAAAUCCAAGGUCACCUGUAUCUCCCAUAUGUUUAAAGCAUCAGAACCCGGUAAAUUCUAUGAGGGAUUCCAAAAUGGAAAAUUUGAAAUGAGCUCCAACACGUCCACAUUGUUUCUCAAAAUCAACCACGUGGAUUUAUCCGACUCUGGACUGUAUUUUUGUGGAUAUUACAUGCAGAAAAAUCAUGUUAUCCAUGAAGCAACAAAUUUAGAGGUCCAAGACGUGCCUGAAGAAUCAACUAAUCUGAUGAGUAGGAUUCUGGGAGCUCUGACUCUUUUCCUCACCAUAGUCAACAUCUGUUUGGCUGUUAAAAUAAGAAAACUUCAGAAAGUCACUGCAGAGCAGAAUCCACAAGAGACGGAGACGAAGGAUUCAGAUGAGCUGAAUUAUGCUUCCGUGAAGUUUAAUCCAAAACCAGAAAGACGCCACAGAAAUGCAAAAGAGAGUGAAGAGGAAUUAAAUGUUAUUUAUUCAGCCAGUAGAUAGAUUCAGGAGCUGCACCAUCAGACUGGAAGUGAUGCUUUGAGUAAAAUCUGUCAGUGUGUGGCUGGUUUGUAACAUCACUUUAUACCAUCAAACUGUAAAGUCACAACGGAGGACAGUCUGACUUUGGAAGCUAAA